AUGCACCGGGCAAAGAAGGACGCUGCAGAAGCGGUUGGAGAGGCAGCCGGCGUCUGCCGUCACAACGAGUCCCAGCGCUGGUUGGAGAUGCGCGUCGGCUCGCCCGAGGACUGCUGUCGCGACCCUCCGCCGUCGUGCCGCAGCAUCCGACGAGCUCUGAAACCGAGGAGAGUGAGGUACAAGUACAAGGGCGACCUUCUCCAAGUCGUCAACGCGCCCGGCGGCUCCGGCAAGACUUUAGCCUUGGCCACCCUCCUUGCGGAGCAGGAGGAGAUCCGCUCUCGCGAGCCGGGCGCCGCCUCGGCAGCGCCGCCGCAGCUGCACGAGGUGUACGCCGAGCACCAGGCGGAGCUUCCACGGCUGCCCAUCCCGCCGCUCGACGAGACCCUCGAGCGCUUCAUGCGGGCGGCGACGCCGCUGCUGGCCCUGCGCGGCGGCACCGCCGCCGUCAACGAGUCGACGCCGCCGCGAUGGUGGCCUCGUUCGGGGCGGCUGAGGAUCCUCGGUCUUUGCCUCGACAUAGAGAUCCUCGACAUAGAGAUCCUCGUCAAGGCCUUGACGGCGCGGCAGCGCUUUUCUUUUACCUUGAAAGAAUUCAGCGCGUGGCCCGACAAGACCGGACGGAUCACCUCUAAAAGUUGA